GCCCCUUUACAAAUAAAUGCACACCACAUGUCUCUAGCGAGUUUUCUACCUCUUCUCUCAGACCGUCCUUUUGGCCUCUUCAGUUCAUAAAUACUACAGUAUCUCAUUUCUUUUCUUCCAAUAAAUUGCUAAGGAUAGUAAAGGUGUUUUAAUCAUAAGUGUACUUUUUCUUUUCAAAGUCAGAUUUGAAGCAAAACAAGAAAAUGAAGGGUAAAGUUGUUGAAGAAACAUUCGUUUGUAGUGAAGAGAUGAAUCUCACAGUUCUUAAGACCUCCCUUUUCUUCACUGGGGAUGGGUUCACUGCAUACGACUGCAAAGGGGAGGUUGUGUUCCGAGUGGACUCGUAUGGUCCGGAAUCUCGUGACCUGGGUGAACUCGUUCUCAUGGACGCCGCUGGCAAAUGCCUUCUCACUGUCCGUCGGAAGAGGCCGAGUUUGCAUAACAGGUGGGAAGGCUACUUAGGGGAAAGAGAAGAGGGGGCAAAGCCAAUAUUCAGCGUGCGUAGAUCCUCAAUAAUCGGAAGAUCCAACGUGACAGUAGAAGUAUACAGCAAUCCAGCGGAGGAGUAUCAGAUCGAAGGGUCAUUUGCGCAAAGAAACUGCACAUUCUUCAACGCCGACAAAGUAUCAGUGGCUGAGAUUAGACGCAAAGUGGAUGCUUGUGCUAAUGUAGUGCUUGGCAAGGACGUUUUCUCUCUUUCAAUAAAACCUGGUUUUGAUAGUGCGUUUGCCAUGGGAUUAGUUCUCGUGCUUGAUCAAAUCAACGUUGAUGAUUUUACUGAUAAUCGGGUCGAUGUCGACCCAAUUUCAGAUGAUUCCAAUCAUUCUUCUUAGUUUUUCAUUACUUUCACUGUUUUGUAAAAGAGUUUUAAAUUAUAUAAUAUGUGGGUGUAUAGUUUUAAGCUCUUUUGUAAAUUUGCCUUUUUUCUUUUUUUCUUUAAUGUUUAAUAAGAAAUCCUACUAACUGAA